AUGGCUAGGAAAAGAAAGGUUGGUGAAGUGGUGGAAGAGAAAAAUGUUGCUAGUGAACAAACACUGGCUUGGGAUGAAAUGGUGAAGGAAGCUACAGCAGCAGCCGCACUAGGAGGACCUAGAAGAGCUAGAAAGCGAUUUGUUGGUGUCCGGCAAAGGCCAUCAGGCAGAUGGGUUGCUGAGAUUAAAGACACCAUGCAGAAUAUAAGGGUGUGGUUAGGCACUUUUGAUACUGCAGAGGAAGCAGCCAGGGCCUAUGAUGAGGCUGCUUGCUUGCUUCGCGGUGCCAAUACAAGGACAAACUUCUGGCCUUGUUCUCCAUCAUCUAAAUCAACCCCGGCUCUUUCUUCAAAGAUUACUAAUCUCCUUCUCCAAAGGCUUAAAGAAAGGGAAAAUUCCUAUGCUCCUUUGCCUACUUCUCCACCUAUCAACCGGCGACUGAUGCAGCAGGCAGAAGAGUAUAGAGAAGAAACAACAGAUUUCUUGGAUACUGAGUUUACUGAUUUUCUUAAUGAUAACAUCAACAAUACAACUGCAAAUGCCGCUGACUACUCGACAACAAGCCUUGAAUCAUGUUUAAGUGAUAAUGAAGAUUCUCAAAGGAGAGAAUUGGAUUCUAAUUUCACUUUCAGUGAUGCUGUUCAAUCUUCCAGGGCUGAUGAUGAUGAUUUGGGAGAAGAAAGAGAGGAUGGAGAAGAAGGCCAUGAUAUGGAGGCACUGGAUUUCCAGUUUGUGGAUGAUAUUGGAUCAUCUUGUUACUACUCUCCUUUUCAGAUUGCUGAAGAGAUUGAGGUACCAAUGGAGCCAGAGAGUUUUGGAGAUGAACCCUCAAUGAUUAGUGAUGCCAUAAAGAGAAUGACAUAUGAACGCAAAUUCUCAGCUUCUCUCUAUGCUUUCAAUGGGAUACCAGAGUUGUUAAGGCUAAAGCUUGAUUCAGAAAAUGUCAUGGGGAGAGCAAGGCCAGAACAAUUAAUGAAACUUGAAAAUGCAUGUAAGGAGAACAAAAUGGAGAAGAAUGUGAAAGGAGAUGAUUCAGAAAUGAUGGGAAAAAAACAGGAGGAAAGCCCAAAAAGUUCAUUUGAUUCUUCAAGUUCAAGUGAUAUGGGGUUUUCAUCUCCAAGUUCAGUGGAUAUGUCUUCAACAGGAAAUGAUGGUGAAUCUCUUUGGAGCUCACUUGAUCUUCCACCAAUCUGCUUGGUUAACUUACUGAUAUAGGAUAUUCAGCUCAUAACUUAUUCAAGGCAGGCUUGGCUUUGGCUUUUAUCGGUUUUGAUCGAGGCUUGACCUAGUCAUUGUAAUCUCCAUAUCGAAGAUUUCAAAUCCUCCUUGACCUUAUUCAGUGUACAAUAAUAAGCAGCCUCAUAUCCCUUGCUCUAAGUAUAUGGAUGUUUAAUUGCCAAAAGAGGAUUCUUUUCGAUGUAUCCCGAUGAAGUAAACUAGAUUUGAUCCUCGGGCAUUAUUGUUUUAUGAUGUCUGCCAAAAAUCACCAAACCAGCAUAGUUUGGCUGCUAAAAAUGCUUCCAAAUGAUAGAUUUAGGUUGAUAAGAUGCAAAUAUUUUGCUUAUAAGAAUUAGAUUCAAAUUCCAGUAAUCUCCUUUGUAAAUCCAUCUUUGAUGAACUAUUUGUAAAUCUAAUCUAAAUCAUCUUUAAAACCCACAUUCUGUCCUAACACUAAAAUGGGAAAACCACCAUCACCCAAAACUUUUACGUGCCAAAAAAAAUAAAAAUUGCCAAAUCAAUCCCAAAAACUGAAACCCAAGGCAUGUUUAGCUAAAUUGAAUGCUCAGUUGCUUUUGCUUGAACAAAAAUAAGAGACCAUUCAAUCAAUGUGUCAUGCCAAAAAUAAGGCAAGAAAGAGACUUGUAACAGAAUGCUGAUAAUACUGCAUUAACAGUGGAGUGGGAGUGAAAAAUAGGUCCAACCC